UAAGAGUUGGUGAAGGGGUAUGGGAUGCACAUCGUUGAUUUACAGUUCAACAUGAUCCAAGUACUUUGAUGUGAUGUUGAAUAUGCUCUUCAACAAAAGUGGCAAUGAAGAAGUACGAGUGGUCAUAGCCGGGCAGAAUGCGAACCUCCACAGGCAUCUCUGCACUCUUGCACGCCGCUUCAAAAUUUUCCGGCAGAGGCUGCUUCUCUUUGUAGAACUAGUCCUGGUCACCCUGAAAACAAUCAACUGAAAUCACAUUCCAAUCCUCCAGCAAAAUUCAAAAGGACAAGAUAACUGUCUUGAGAUUACAACUUGCCUGAUCGACAAGAAUGGUUGUCUUCGUCCCGUGAUAUUUCUUCACGAGCGAAGUAGCGUCAUACUUCUCCAAAGCCGCCUUCUCUACUCCCAAGUAUCCCUUGAAGGCUUUCUCUCCCCAUGGACACGCCGUAGGGUUGCAAAUCGGUGCAAACGUAGACAAAGACUGCAAAACCAGGGACAGCAUUUAAACUACAUUCAUUUAAACUACAUUCUAUGAUUUCUUCUCAUCCUUCAUCUCAUCUCCCUCCUUUCCUUUUUUUGUUUCUUUUUCCAGCACGUGCGUUUUUAUCCAGUUGACUUUCGUUUGAUGAUAUGAUAUUUUCAACAAUUUACCAAGACUUUUAAUCUAAAUUAUAAUGACAAUUUAACUAAAGGCUCUGUUAAUCUGGUGUUCAUAUUCUCUUGGGUUGAAAUUCUGUUGAGAACUAUUAAUGUCCUUUUUUUUUUUUUAUCUUUGUAUGUUUGUGCUUUCACCAGGACUUUGCAACAACAUUGUUGUGUAUUUGCUUAUCAAGAACAGAUGGCUGCAAUGUUGAAACAUGGAUCAUGAGCUGCCAUUUCUGGGAAACAAUCGCCUUCAAAGUUUGCAAGCCUUGGUCAUGAGGCACCCACGGUAAAACACUCCGAGCCUUUCAGCACGAGGCGUCGACCCUACAGCCGCGAUUCCAUGGAAUUCGAUAAUCGUUCCUCCGACGGGGCCCUUCUACCGAGGAGCAUAAGGGUUUUGCGCAAUCUCCCUUCGUGCACUGAACGGGGGGAGCUGUGAAGCAAUUAGGGUUUGCGCCAAUCUUCGUGAACAGGGACUGUUCGCGAUGGGGAAGCGCAUGCGCGAUGACGAGGAGGAUGCAGGGGAGGUGGCCCUGCGCAAGGCGGGGAUGAAGCUGCCUUCCAACAUCAAGAACAAACACAAGCGGUCGGCGGAGUACGCCAAGGUGAGAGCGGAAAAGAUUAAGGAGAAGAAGCAGAGGAUCAAGGCGCGCGAUACAGCGGAGCGUCAGGCGGUGGAGCUCGGAGAGACGCCGCCGCCGAGGCAGGUGCCGAAGACAAUUGAAAACACCCGGGAAGCGGACGAGACGGUAGCGCAGCCCGACGAUGAGGAGCUUCAAGUGGACGAUGGGGUCGAUGAGUUCAGUGGACACUUCGCGCGUGCGCAGAUGCCGAAGUUGUUGAUCACUACUUCCCAGGAGUGCUCCUCACCUACGCGUAAAUUUAUCAAGGAACUCUUGACGGUUAUUCCGAACGCUACUUUUUACAAGCGCGGGUCGUAUGAUUUGAAGCAAAUUGUGAAGUUUGCAAAAAACCGGGACUUUACGACGAUGUUUGUCGUGAAUGAGAAUCGCAAGCAACCGAAUGGAUUGCUCAUGAUUGCUUUGCCAGAGGGGCCGACGGCGCAUUUUAAGCUGUCGAGUAUCAAGCUGAGCAAGAAGAUUAAGGGGCAUGGGAAACCUACAUCGCACAUGCCCGAGCUUUUGCUGAACAAUUUCACGACGCGCUUAGGGCAUCGAGUCGGUCGUUUGUUUGCUUCGGUUUUCCCGCAGGAUCCUCAGUUUAGGGGGAGGCGUGCAGUCACUUUCCACAACCAACGUGACUUCAUCUUCUUCAGGCAUCACAGGUAUAUUUUUGAAGAGAAAGAGAUAAAAGAGUUAGCGCCUGUAACUAUCGGAGUCAACAGCGACAAGAAGUCUCGAAAAGCUGCGCCUAAGACUGUGAAGAAGAAUGCUGUUGUAGCUAGGCUCCAAGAGUGUGGCCCACGAUUCACCCUGAAAUUGCAGAGCUUACAAUCAGGAACUUUUGAUAGCAAGUAUGGAGAGUAUGAGUGGGUGCAUAAGCCAGAUAUGGAUACCAGCAGAAGGCGAUUCUUCCUCUAGGCACCUGUGCAGUCGACGUCAUUUGCAACGGCUACUACUUGGUUGUUAAGAUUGGACCCGGCGUUGGAAGGCGCGCAUCGUUGAGUUUGAUAAGCGUCAUAAUUUUGUAAGAGAGGGAAAAUCUGCAUUGUGGUGGGAUAGUUGAAAUAUGAGACAGAUUUUAUGUCGACGUAGGCCCUGAGUCAGCUCAAGACGAACUGUCCUGUUUUUUUAGACAGUAGAUUAUGUCUAAUCUUGCGUAUAGUUUGUCUAAGCAGCUUAGCUACUUAAUGUCCUUGCAGGAGGUUGAAGUCUAGAAGCUGAGCACGACAUCAUCUGCAAAGUCUUAGAGUACACUUUCUGAUUAUAUUGCUGAAGAUCAAUUCCUGUAUGGAUACUUGUUGCGCACCGCUUUGGUGCUGCAGCAAAGCGAGCAUUUCUAGACGUUGCGGAGUUAGGUCACUCAUUGGAAAACUAAUUUUACAUCAUGCUUCUAUAUUUUUUUGAAUCAAAGAUUGGACACAGAUUUCUGUAA